AUGCGAUCCGAGCCGCAGUGCGGCUUGGAUCUGGCGGUGUUCAAAAGGGACGAUCCCCCCGUAGCUCAUUCAUUCCUCCCCGUUGCCAUACUCUGGUCGCUCGACUGUGACUGGGUCGGCAACGACAUAGGCCGAGCGGCCGGCAAGGGCGAGACGUGCGGACAGCAGUGCCUGAGCCGCGCGGAUUGCACGCAUUGGACGUGGAGCGCCUUCAACGGCGGCACGUGCUGGCUCAAGGGGGCCAUCAACGCGACAGAGCUGGUCCCCGCCACUGGCACGUCGUGUGGUUACCGCGUUACCGACAGCGCGACCGGCAACCCGUACACGGCAGUCCAGCAGUACCUCAACCCGGGGUACGCGGCGAGCGUGAAAGCCGCGGUGCGCGCCGCGCUUCCCUCGGUUGCGCCGUUUUUCGCGAGCGUGGCGCAGUAUGCGACGGCUGUGUGGCUCGACACGAUGGCUGCCCUAGAUUCCAUCCCCGGCCACCUGAGCGACGCGGCGACUCAGGCGGGCGGCAAGGCGAUUCUCGUGCAAUUCGUGAUCUACGACCUCCCGGGCCGCGACUGCAAGGCGUGGUCGUCCAACGGGGAGAUUCCCAAGGGUGGCCUCGACACGUACAAGACCAAGUACAUCGAUGUUGCCGUGGCGCGCCUCAAAACCAAGGCGGCGAACGUGCGUCUGUCGCUCGUGAUCGAGCCCGACUCGCUGCCCAACAUCGCGACGAACAUGGGGACGAAUCGGUGCGACGCGACGACGGACAAGGAGUACACGGAGGGCGUCGCGUAUGCCAUCGCGAAGCUGUCGCAGAUCCCCGACACCACGCUCUAUCUCGACUCCGGCUUCGGCGGCUGGCUCGGGUGGCCGGAGGGGAUGAAGCGCGUGGUGGCGGUGUACAGGAAGGUCCUCGCGCGCGCGCGGCAGAUCCGCGUGAACGCCAAGAUCCGCGGCUUCGCGUCCAACGUGGCCAACUACAGCCCGCUCUUCGCGACCGGCUGCCCCGCCUUGGAGAAGUGCCCGCUCGCGAAGAACCCGAGCACGGGCGAGAUGUGCUACGACUGGAACCCGUGCAUCGACGAGAAUCGCUUCACGGCGCGCAUGAAUGCGUACCUGGGAGCCGCGGGACUGCCCACCAGGUGGAUCGUGGAUACGAGUAGGUCCGGCCGCGCUGGCAUCCGCAACCGCUGGGGGUCGUGGUGCAACGUGAAGGGCGCGGGGAUUGGACAGCGCCCCGAGGCGAAUCCCGCUAAUGCUCCGCAAGUUGAUGCUCUGGUUUGGAUCAAGCCGCCUGGGGAGAGCGAUGGCCAUUCAACAAAGAUUCUGGGCAUUUUCCCUUUGGAUCGCGAGUGCGACCCCAAUGACGCGCUGGGCCUGGACGCCCUAUCGAACGCGCCCCGCGCAGGGCAGUGGUUCCAGACGCAAUUCACCGCGCUGGUUCGCUACGCCAACCCGCCCAUGCCUGCUGGAAAGGUGGACCCCUGCAUGUUUGAUCCGAAAACAAACCCCGCGUGCGAUCCGUUCUGGGAGGACGUGGCCGUCAAGUACUCGCCGCAGUACAAGUUCCACCCUGACGAGGAUAUCUGGCCAAUCACGAUCGACGAGUACCUCACACACGUGACUUCCUCCAAAGGUUUUUAUACUGAGGAUGGUACAGAGUAUGAGGUUGAAUACCAGGCGGGCCCGAUCACUCCCGAUAACCUCGAUACAUUGCUGGAGAAUCCUAAUCUAAAGAGCGAGCAUGGCAAUACUGUCCUGUACCAUCCGGAUAAGUUUGACAAGUGGACCCCCUGGGUGAUGGACGAAGCGCGCAACCCGGAAAACGGAGGCACGAAGCUGUACACCGUCAUUUACAAUCCGAAACCCGACGACAAAGACUCGUUUGUGGAGAUUCAGUAUUGGCUCUUCUACCCAUACAACUUUGUCCACCGUGAGACUGAAAAGUACAACCACAUCACUGACCUGGUGGCGAUUGCAAUCCGUUUCUCAAAGACCGGCCAGCCGCAGCGCAUUUGGUACGCGCAGCACGGCAACGGCCCCGUGUGGGCGUGGGACGAAGGAGCUGACUGGGACGACCCCAAGCCAUCGGAAUUUGCUACGGUGAUAGGAACACAUCCCAUUGUGUAUGUCUCGGAAGGAAACCAUGAGCAUUACCCUAGAGCUGGUGAGUGGUAUCUCGAGUAA